GACACCCGGUUCAGUAUUAUGACAAGGGACGCUUUCAGUCUGCGUUGACUGGCAAUCUAAACAACAAGAGUUAUCAGAUCUUCAAGUAAACAUGGAUUACAGGUAGAACAGUAACAGGCAUUCCUAGAUCACUUACAAUGUCGUCGUCCUGUAAUGUUGGAGCAUCUGCAGGUGGAGGAGGAAGUGUUGUCAUGGAGACAUCCAACUUCGCCCAUGUCAUCUUCCAGAAUGUUGGGAAAAGCUUCCUCCCGCAGGCAGCUCUUGAAUGUCAUUACACACUCACUUCUUUCAUCACCCCACAUCCAAAAGACUGGGUCGGAAUCUUUAAGGUGGGCUGGAGCAGUGCAAGAGACUACUACACGUUCCUCUGGUCUCCCAUGCCGGAAAACUACACGGAGGGAUCCACUGUUCACCGAACUAUCAUCUUUCAGGGUUAUUAUGUUCCCCGCAGUGAUGGUGAGUUUUAUCAGUUCUGUUAUGUCACACAUACGGGUGAAAUCAGAGGUGCAAGCACACCGUUCCAGUUUCGCCCGGCCACACCCACAGGGGAGGAGCUACUGACGGUGGAAGAUGAUGGAAACUCGGACAUACUGGUUGUGACGACAAAGACCGGACUUCUUGAGCAACGUGUAGAAGAAGUUCAGCAAGAGUGCAAAGAGCUGCAGAAAGCACUCCGGCUUCUCACACAGGAGAGAGAUCAGCUUCAGGAGAAACAGAGACAACAGAACCAGCAUCUGAUGCCCAAUGGCAGGAGCUGCAAAAAAAACCUGAUUGAAGAGAAGGAGGAGGCUCAAAGCAGAGUGAGGCAGCUUGAGCAGGACCUGCUAAAGAUCACACAAAAAGCUGUACUUAAAGAGACCGAACUCGACUGUUUAAGAGACAAGCUGCAGAAGGUGAUUUCUGAGAGGGACAGCUUACAAACUCAGCUGAAGAAUGAAAGAGACGAGAGGGAGCUUUACAAAUCUCAUGUGCGCAGUGCUGAGCUGGAGAACACUAAACUCAGUGCAGAGCUGCAGAUGCUGAAGGCGGUGGAGCUGAACAGAGAGGUUACCAUUGCACAGUACCAGGAGGAACUGCACAGACUGCGCACUGAGAGAGACACACACCCUGCUGAAAUUGGUCUCAAAGAGCAGUUGCGUCAAGCUGAGGAGCAGCUCCAGGCCACGCGGCAGCAGGCAGCCAUGUUGGGCUCUGAGUUACGUGAUGCCUCUGGCGGACGAGAUCGCACCAUUACUGAGCUGUACCGUGUCCGUCAAGAGGCUGAAGACCUCCGAGCCCAUUUAGCUGAAGCCCAGGAAGAAUGCAGGCAUGCUCAGAAUCAGUUGGACAGGAUGAAGAACCAGCCUUCACAAGAAAUGGGCAGGGCUGGAGGUGGAGUGGGUGUGGCCUCAGAGCUGGAGGCGGAGCUGCAAAAGGAAGUCGAAGAACUAAAGCUGCGGCUCAAUAUGGCUGCAGAGCACUACAAAGAGAAGUAUAGAGAGUGUCAACGUUUGCGAAGACAAGUCAUCAAAUUGACCCAGCAACAGGAGACACAGCAGGGAGACUCUAAUAGAAAUGAUGCAUCUACAGAAACCACACUGGAGUUACACACCCCAGAUGCAGAGACUCCCUCAGAAUCGUAUCCUGCUGAAAUUAAAACUGUGGCAAGACAUGUGGAGAAAUCAAGGGAUGAAGAAGGGAAUGAAAAAGAGGAGGAAGAUGGAGAGGAGGAGGAGGAGUGUAGCUUGUCAGUAGAAGCUGAGCUUGCCUGCAUGGAGGAGAAAUGGAGAGAGCAGUGCACCAUCAACGAAAACCUGAAGCUUCUGUUAGCCAACGAGGAAAAGCGGUUUAAAACUCAGGUGGCCGAGAAGGACAGAGAAGUGUCUGCUCUGAGGGAGAGUCUUGUGGUGGUGACCAAGGAGAAGGAGAGAUUGGAAAAGGAGUUGCAGCAGUAUAUGAGGGAGGGAACACCGAAGAGUCGGAGAUUAGAGGUCAGAGAGCCAGUGGUCCUGCGUUACCCACUGCCAUAUCCACAAGAUCCACCUCCACUCCCACUGGUGCCCCAACAACCUGCUGAACUGCAGUUCGGAAAUCCCUAUUUAGAGCAAGAGACCCGGGAUGGAGCAGAUGGGGCGUUAUCCCCAGAACAAACCUGUCGCCCCCCUCCCCUGGCUCCUCCACCGUGGGGUGGUCCUGUGGUCUGCAGCCAACCAUCACGAAGCCUCAGCCCACCUGAUGGCCUAGAGAAUCCUACCGAAGAGCGACCUACUGGAGGUGAUGGUGAGGCCCCUGCUGUCUGUGAACAUCAGAGCCUGGAAUCUAAUGAGAGCCAAACCAGCUUUUGCUUUGACACCAGACCUGACGUUCAUAAGCAAUGCCCCUUAUGUGAGGUGAUCUUUCCACCACACUUUGAGCAAAGCAGUUUUGAGCGACAUGUGGAGUCUCACUGGAGAGUGUGUCCCGUCUGCAGUGAGCAGUUUCCUCUGGACUGCCAGCAACAACUCUAUGAAAAGCAUGUGCACACUCACUUUGAUGGCAAUGUUCUCAACUUCGACAACUUUGAUUAGUGAGAAAGAAAUGCUUUUAAUAUGAUAUAUUCAGGGGCUUCAGCGUUUUAUUUAAAACACGCUAAUGUCGUCACUUUGUUGUAACUUUCGCACAACUCAUGCCAGAAGGAUUCGCCAUCUGAAUAUUUGAUUUGCACAUAGAUGAUGGGUUAGAAGGGUUAGUUCCCCAUCCAAAAAAAGAAAAUGUUCAACCUUAUGUCAUUUUGAAACCAAUUCAACCUUUAUUGAUCUUCAGAACACAGACAAAGAUAUUAAGGAAAUGUAUAUCACUCAAUUGAAGGUCAAAUCGCCUAAAACUCAAGAGACUUUAAAACAUUUACAAAGAUCACAAAAACAAAUCAUCUGGUUUCAUCAAGGUCUUCUGGAGAAGUUUAAUUUCGGCCUUUAUUUACAUAUUAAAGGUGCUGUAUGUAAGUUUUUGACUCUUCUAAAGCAUAAAAAUACCAUAAUAUGUUUGCAGAUAUUUAAAAAACAUGCCAAGUGAACACACUUGUUUACCUUAAAAACAAUCCUGAAGUCAGAUAUUCUGCUUUGAAAAUGUGUUUUCCGUGCCGGAACGUCGGUCUUAGUUUUUGGUCAUUUUAACUCUGGGUUGCCUUGUUGCGUUGUUCAGAAAGGCUCUGAAAGCAUGCAUCUGUGACCGAAUGCGACCUCCGGUGGACAGUAGCAGACUCCGAAAUAAGACAGAUUCAGUUCCACAUGAGGUUAUUAAUUAGCAAAUUAUAUAAAUAUUACGAAUGUAAACAUUAAUUGAGCAGGUUACAUUGUAAUCGAGUGUCCUAAUAACACGCUUUGUGACGAGAUACGCAGUAAUAAGCAAUCUGGCUGUUUGCACCAGACGAAACAUUUAAAUUUAAAUACAGCCAAUCAGAAUCACAGAAUAUGCACUCUCUCAUGAAAUAGUACGAUUUAUAAUCUAAUUAAUACAUAUUAAACCUCUUUAACAUUAUUAAAUGUACAUGCUGAAUCACUCAUAUGUGUUUAGUUCUAAAGUUCAAUUUCAAACGGUUUAUUUUAUUUUCAAGAUCUGAGUUGAACUAUCUGCUGCUGCUUUCAGUAUAUGGCAAUAAAUGUCAUGUAAAAUGGCAUUAAAACUCGCAUUGUUAGGAUUUAACACUGAAUAAAGCACAUGAGGUACCUGAGGUGAUCAUGUCAUCAAGUUUUCUGUUGUUCACCUGUGAGAAAUAGAAGCCGUUUCUAUUAUAUCAAUUCGAGGUGUUGGUUAAGACAAAAACUCCUUUUAAUAUGCAGAAUAUUCCUUUUAUCAGGUGCCGUUGCUUUUAUUUAGAACACAGUUUAAAUCCGCUCCUGUCCUCAAUCUGGCAACCUGUGCUUGCGUUUUUUUUUGAUCCAGGAGUGCAAUACCUAGUUUAACCACUGGGUGACAAACUUACAUACUGCACCUUUAACAUUGAUCAGUAAACCAUUCAGGUAAAUCUACCUAGCGAUGUUAGAUAAAUUCAUAGCUGGUCUGAAUUCCUUGUUUGCAUUUUAAGAUUCAGAGUUUUGGGUGAAUAGACUUUCAAUAGAGGCGCAAAAAUAUGUCUUCUGAAGAUGAACGAUUUUCUCUUGGAUUUGGAAUUACACACUGGUAAGUAAGUAAAGUAUGGCAGAAUAUACAUUUUUUUGGUUGGAAUUAACUCUUUAAUUCAGAUAUUUAAACAUCAAAUGGACACAAUACUAUACCAAUAGUCUUCAGGUGUAAAAAAAAAAAAAUGAAAAGCACUUUUGAAAUGUAAAUUUUGUGUACUACUGAACAACUGAUUAUGCUUUAAACCGAGAGAAGAAAGCUUUAAGUUGUUGAUCAAUAUAAAGAUUUUAUUUAUAGGACCAAUGAUGUAUACAUGUAUUUAUUAGAAAGAGAUGGCCAUGAUUUACCCUAAAUCACUACAAUUGACUAAAUGUAUUACCUCAGAAGCACUGAAGCCUUUUCAGUGUAAAAAGCCCAGUCUGUGAUACACUCAUUUGAUUUGUAAAUUCUGUCUUACUGAAUCAACUUCACGUUGUUCUUAAACGGUGUGACAUUCUUCUGUUAAACAGAAUUGGGCUGUGCUUUUUUUUGCAGUUAUGAUGAAUCUGAAUAGGAGUUUUUUUGGUUUUAAAAUACGCAGUAUACAGUACAAGGUGUUGAGGCAAAGAAAUGAAUCAGAUUUGUAAAUGAAUGGUCAGUGCACUGACUUGAAAAAGGCUUGAAAACUCCAGGUUUCCUCAAAAUAAUACAGUGACCUUUCAAAUUUCCUAUUCCACAUGAUAAUGAUAACAAAACUGUUGUUUUAGUUGAACCUCUGUAGAGAGAGGCUCUACUAAAACUAUGGCAAUGAGCAACUUUCAGUGCAUCAUUGGUUCAGGCAUAUUGCACACACACAAAAAAAACAACUAAACAUAAGAAAUGGUUAUUAGUUUCAGCAUAUCCUUGCACAUUCUAUGCUUGAAAUCCAUUUAUCCAACACAGCUGAUGUAUCACACUGCAAGUGCGCAAGGAAGUUUAAUUUAGGGUUGCUCGGUGUUUGUGUAUCAAGUGAAUAAUUAUUAAUAAAGACUGCUAAAGCUAGAGGUUUAUUAAUUGCCCUUGUAUUUGUAAGGCAUCAAUCAACACUGUAUGGACAAUAAAACGUAAGCAGGCACCA